AGCGGGAGGUGCAGUGCACAGAAGGCGUCACUGCAUGCGCUGUGCUGUGCUACGCCCCAGGCACCGCACAGCAGGCUCUGGUCGCCUUCUACAGCAGCGACGCCGACGAUGAUGAGGACUACGAGCAGCGCCUUGAAGCCUCCCUGGCCUCACGCCUCAUCACCUAUAUGAGGCCUAAGCUUGUUCGUCUCCAAGAGUUGCCGCUGCUUGUCAACGGCAAGGUUGACAGACAGAAGUUGCUGAGCGACUACAGCAACGUCUGUCAACGUGAGGUGCCUGCAGUAGACUUGAGUGUCGUUCCUGAGGAAGACAAGGACGUGGCACAGGACCUGAUGACGGUGGUGGGACGCCUGCUGGGGGGCACGGGGGGCACCACCAGCCACCGCCUCGCCCUCACCGACAACUUCUUCAGCGUCGGGGGCAACUCACUGAACGCCGUCCUCGUGGUGACCGCCUUGGUCGACUUGGGCUACAAAAUCGGACUCGGCGACUUCCUGGACUGCGCAGACUUCCUGGCGGUGGUGCAGAAGAUGGCGGCGCUGAAGAAAGGGGGACCUGCGACCCCCUCCUGCAGCGCCUCCUGCAGCUACACCUGCCACCUGCUCGAGCCCCACAUGCAGGACAGCGUCGUCGAGCUCAUCGCCGAUAGCUUCAGCUCGAAGAGCGACAUGGAGGUAGCAGCGGGCAUCAAAAAAGAAGACUUCUACCCUCUAUUGCACGGCAUCUACCCUGACAUUCUACUCCAGAGGCUCAGUUUCGUGGUGUGCGACGCCAGUGGCCGCAUCGUGGCCUGUUCCCUGAACUUCGACCUGCACGCCGAGCCUCCCGUGGAAGUUGACGUGCCCCUCGCCUGGAUCUUCGAUAUGCUCGAGCAGUGCGAGUCUAAAGUUCGGCACAAGCUUCCCCAGAACGUGGGUGAAGUCGUGCACUCCUUCAUGAUGACGACCUCCCCAGAACUUGGCCCGAAACAGAACCUGGAGCUCGUCAAGUUGAUGGAGGAACACAACAUCAAAGUUGCGCGCGAACGGAAGUACAAAGCUGUCUUUACUACAAACACUUCUGCUGCCACGAGG